AUGGCGCACAGGAAGCCUGGGAAGAUCAAGAAGGCUGCUGAAGAGGCAGCAGCGGAGAACCACCAAGGGAUGCCUAAAGCCAAAAGACAGCGCCGUGCAAAAGGUGGCAUUGCCGCACCCAAGAGCGAUGUUUGUCAGAACUGUGAGAAGGGAGGUGAACUACUCAUAUGUGAGGCUCGAUGCCGUGGGGCAUUUCACUUAGAAUGCCUUGGGUUAAGGGAAGCACCCAAGAGGAAAUUUAUUUGCAAGGAAUGUCGCUCAGGGGCCCACAGGUGCUUUAUCUGUAAACAAACUGGGGAGGAUGUUAAAAGGUGCCUCCGGCACUUGUGUGGCAAGUUUUACCAUGCCACCUGUGUCCAGAAAUACCCACCUACUGUCAUGCAGGACAGGGGCUUUCGUUGCUCAAUGCAUUCCUGUAUAACUUGCCACGCUGCUAAUCCAGCUAGCAGUUCAGCAUCAGAUGGCCAUCUGAUGAGAUGUGUACGCUGCCCUGUGGCGUAUCAUGCUAAAGACCUUUGUCUGGCGGCUGGGUCGAAAAUCCUGACACCUAAUAGUAUCAUCUGCCCUAAUCAUUUUAUACCGAAGGAGGGCUGCAAAGAUCACAAGCAGGUUAACGUUAGAUGGUGUUUCGCCUGCUCGGAGGGAGGCAACCUUUUGUGUUGUGAAUCCUGCCCUGCUUCUUUCCACCUGAAAUGUGCUGGCAUUGAGUUUCCUGAAGGAAAAUGGUAUUGCAAUGACUGUAGGGCUGGUAAGAAGCCUCGUUACAUGGAACUGGUAUGGGUUAAAGUUGGCCAGUACAGGUGGUGGCCAGCUGAGAUCUGUCACCCUCAAAAUGUACCACCUAACGUGAUUGAUAUGGCACAUGACAUCGGGGAAUUCCCUGUGCUCUUUUUUGGCUCCAAUGACUAUCUGUGGACGCACAAGGCCAGGGUAUUCCCCUAUUCAGAGCAAGAUACAAACAGCAGUGCUAAACCAAGUAGGGGAAUAGAUGCCAUCUAUAAGAAAGCUCUGAAGGAAGCGGCCUUGAGGUAUGAAGAAUUAAAGGCUAAAAAAGAACUGAGACAGCUGCAAGAACAACAAAAGAAUGAUAAGAAGCCAGCACCGUAUAAACAUAUCAAGAUGAACAGACCUGUGGGUCGGGCACAGAUCUUUACCGUAAGCCCAUCGGAUAUCCCCGGAUGUAAUUGCAAGGCAACUGAUGAAAACCCCUGUGGGAGAAAGACAAAUUGCAUCAACCGCUUAUUGUCAUGUGAGUGCCACCCUGCAGUCUGUCCCGCUGGGAAACGCUGCCAAAACCAGUGCUUUGUUAAGCGCCAGUACCCAGAGGUGGAAAUUUUUCGCACGUUAGAGAGGGGCUGGGGUCUCCGAAACAAAACAGAUAUCAAAGAGGGUGACUUUGUGGGGGAGUAUGUGGGGGAGCUGAUCGAUGACGCUGAAUGCAAGGCUCGGAUCCGUCAGGCCCAAGAACAAGGGGUCACUAAUUUUUACAUGCUCGCUUUAGAUAGAUACAGGGUGAUCGACGCGGGAAGCUGUGGAAAUUAUACCCGUUUUAUGAAUCAUUGCUGCCUUCCCAACUGUGAAAUGCAGAAGUGGUGUGUGAACGGAGACACCCGCGUUGGGUUUUUUGCCCUAUGUGACAUUCAAGCGGGCACAGAACUUACUUUCAACUACAACUUUCAAACGUUUGGGAGUGGAAAGGACAUCUGUAAAUGCGGAGCCCCAAACUGUACUGGUUUUUUGGGCGUACAACAGAAGGUAACUUCCAAACUUUCGUGUCGGAAAAAGUGA